AACUUGCCACCACCGUCCGGUUAUUUUGUUAUCAUUUUGCAUCUUUCACCGUAAACAGAAAUUGUCCGACAAAAAUGGUUAAAAUAGGCCUGCAGAUAAAGGCAACGUUAGAGAAUGUCGACGAAAUCAAAACCAGCCAUCCAAGCUACACAUUUUUCAUUAAAAUCAAAUGUUCAAAUUGUGGUGAAGAAUCGGAAAAAUGGCAUGACCUGACUGAGGAUGAAACGACCAAUGAAGAUUCAAGGAACCCGAAGGGAUUCAACUUUUACAUGAAAUGUAAAUUGUGUUCCCGUGAAAAUUCAAUUGACAUUUUGGAAGGAACCAAUGCUGCCUACUCUGCUGACGACUCAGAAAAGUUCAAAACAAUUGUGUGCUUCGAUUGUCGCGGUGUUGAACCGGUUAAAUUUACACCCCGAUCUGGAUGGAUUGUGCAGAGCACGGAGAAUGGACAGAGAUACGAGGAUGUCGAUUUGUCGGAAGACGACUGGGUGGAGUAUGACGAGAAGAAUAAGCAGGACGUUGGCGUCUAUUCGUUUGAGUCACAGUUUGUCAAAUUGAAGAAAUAGAAUUUGCAUGAACCGACAAUAAAUGUGUUGAAAGUCAAGACCUG